AGCGAAAAGGGAAAUGGGUGGAAGUUGUAAAAUUCUGUGAUAAUAAAAUUGUCCCAAACCUAGUUAUUCUUAAAAAUAAGAAUAAUAGAUAAAGAUUAAAUGUCAUGAAAUCAAUGAUUUAGGGCUUAGAAACAACUGUGACAUCAUUUAUAUAUUGUAGACGAUACGUUGCCUAACUUCAAAAUACGUCGAAGUCGGCAGACAUGACCGAAACUUUGCAUCCACUCUCUCCGAGUGUGAACUCGACGAGGCCUCCAGGGCUGAUGCAUAAACUGAGGAUGAGAUUGGGACAAAAUAGCUCCAUCAGCCGAUCUAUGGGAGAAGGCUAUGUGGAGUUUGGCGAGUUCAGAGCAGAAAGAGGUGGUGUCAAGAAGGUCGGCACCUUUGCUGGAGUGUUUUGUCCCGUGGUGUUGUCUAUGUUCAGUGCCUUGAUAUUUAUACGAAUGGGUUAUUUAGUCGGUAACGCUGGUCUGUUCGUAACACUCGCUCAGUUUGGACUCGCGUACUUGAUUGUGAUUUUCACCGUGACUUCAAUUUGUGCAAUCUCCACCAAUGGCGCGGUUGAAGGGGGCGGUGUUUACUUUAUGAUCAGCAGAACUCUAGGACCUGAAUUCGGUGGUGCUAUUGGGACUUUAUUUUUCUUAGCUAAUGUUGUAUCGAGCGCUCUAUGCAUAUCGGCAUGCACAGAAGCGUUGGUAGAUAAUUUUGGACCUAAUGGGUACCUGGUGGGUGAGAGUGCCGGUAUACCUAACGGCUGGUGGUACAGGUUCCUAUAUCGGUCUAUACUGAACGCCGUGGGUCUGGGAGUUUCGUUGGCGGGCGCCUCUUUAUUCGCUCGCACCAGUUUAGCGAUCUGGGUUACUAUACUUGUAUGCUUGGCGAGCGCGUUUAUCAGUUUCUUCGUAACAGCACCGCAGCCCAUCGAAAAACCCUUCACCAAUCACCUGGUGAACGUGACCACAUUUAAUUACACUGGCCUCAGCGGGCAGACUUUCUCGGAGAAUCUAUACCCGGAUUAUGGGAAAGAUUACACUACCGACACUGACGGUAGUAUGAUAGAUUUCGCCUCGGUGUUCGGGGUUCUAUUCACGGGUGUUACGGGGGUCAUGGCCGGCGCUAAUAUGAGUGGUGAACUAAAGAAUCCAGCUCGAAGUAUACCGAUGGGUACUCUGACAGCUUUACUCUUCACUGCCAUUUCUUACGUCGCUUUGAGUUUUUUAACAGCGGCCACGUGCACUAGAGACUUACUGAGAAACAAUUAUAUCUAUCUGCAACCGAUCAACGUGUGGCCACCCUUCAUAGCCGUCGGUAUGCUAUUGGCGGCUUUCUCUGCUGGAUUAUCGAAUCUCAUAGGAGCGUCAAGAGUUUUAGAAGCGCUGGCCAAAGAUAAUAUAUUCGGUUUCAUACUACGGCCUAUGGCAUCUCAUUCUGGGAACCCCGUGUUGGCUGUCAUCGCAUCUUGGUUGCUCGUUCAGAUCGGCAUCAUGGCUGGCUCACUGAAUGCUAUUGCUCAGGUGAAUUCCGUGUUGUUCAUGACGAGUUACUUUGCCAUUAACCUGGCGUGUUUAGGACUUGAUCUUGCGUCGGCGCCUAAUUUCAGGCCUACCUUCAAGCAUUUCUCAUGGUUGACUUCCUUAUUGGGCCUGCUCGGUUGUGCAGCGUUAAUGUUGGCGCUCCGUCCCCUGUACACGCUGGGGGCAGCCCUGGCCUGUUGCACUUUGGUGGUAGCCCUGCAUUUGUUGUCGCCCGCUGCUGCUGACCCAAAGUGGGGGAGUCUCAGUCAGGCGUUGAUAUUUCAUCAGGUUCGUAAAUACCUGCUGCUGCUAGACCCGCGGCGUGAGCACGUUAAGUUUUGGCGGCCGCAGAUGUUGUUAUUAGUUGCAUCGCCAAGACACGCCGCGCCGCUUAUAGACUUUGUCAACGAUCAGAAGAAGGGUGGUUUGUUCGUGUUGGGUCACGUGAGGGUGGGUCAGCUGGACGGCAGCGGUGACCCACUCGCCGCUGAACACAAGUACUGGCUCAAGCUGAUCGAUCAUCUUAAAGUGAAAGCGUUCGUAGAGUUGUGUUUAGCUGAAUCUGUCCGGAGUGGUGCCGCUCACCUCACGCGUCUGUCCGGGCUGGGAGCUAUGAAACCGGACACGGUGCUGUUGGGCUUUAGGGAUGCGGAACCGCCUAAGGAUUUCUUCAGAGAUCCGAAUUCACCGUACAAGACGGAUCAGUUCGAUUUGGACACCGGCGAGGUGAUAUUCCCCGUCCGUCGCGGUACAGAUUCGAGUAUCUCCUCCGCUUCCUACGUCCGAAUUAUUUCGGAUGUCCUGUGCGUUAACAAGAACAUAUGUCUGUGUAGAGGAUUCCAAAGAUUGGACAUGGCCGCUGUUGAACGCAAAGCCCCCCACUUGAAGUACAUCGAUGUGUGGCUAGUGGAGGCUUUGUCGCCGUGCAGUGAGGAGGCGUUUACUGUGCGCGCGCUAUUUACCCUCCAACUUGCGUGCGUGGUGCGGUCCGCGAGAGGAUGGCAACAUUUACGGCUGCGCGCACAUCUAGCUCACGCUACAGGUGAAAUAUAGAUAGAUAAUUCAAUUUAUUCCCAUCAUAAAAAGAGCUUACGUGCAUCGUAAAUUCACAAUAAAAUAGGGU